AUGACGCUGCUCAGUUCCCAUCUGGAGCAGAUUACUCUCUCGUCAAAUGCCAUUGCUGAUUUGCCAUUUCCUCCUCCGCGUAUUUUCACCACUGCGUUGUUGGGAUCCCACGACAUUACAGCCUUAAUCCGUGAUACUGAAGCUCAUGAACGAGCACUCUUCCAGGUUGAUCCCUCUACUAAGGCCCAUGGAUCACAAAGACGGGCCACACGACGCGGGACUAUGUUCCCCGCUGAAGCAGAGAGGGAGUCGAUGGCAAGUCGUAUUUAUUCGGCAAGGGAUAACCGCAAUCAGUCUGCGGUGGCAAGAGUUUUGGGACAUGAUAUGAUGGAAGAGAUUAAGCGCUCAGCGGGCACCUCAACUCGAGGGCCUCGCGGUGAGGUCAAUAUUGAAGUCCUCCUUCGAGGCGCAGAGAUAUUGUGCAAUGUUUACCCCGUUGCCGGUGCACAGGAAAAGAUUGCCAGCCUUCGCUAUCGGCAUGAGAUGAUCAGCGGGUCCAUAGCGCAGUUGGAAGACCGGGUUGCAACGAACACUGCAGAACUAGAUCAAAUGAGGCGUUCCUAUGGAGAUGAUGAAGAUGAGUUUACGCCUGUGCCGGUGGCACAAUCAGAGGGCCCGGAGGUCACUGAUGAAGAUAUCGAGCGAGAAUUGGCUGAAAUUCGAGACUUGGAACGGAGAAAACACAGGCUAGAAGAACGAGUUACAGGGAUGGAGCGAAGUCUAGGCGAUUUAAUAGGCUGA